CGUUUUCAUUUUAGGAUUUUUUGCAAUACAAUGUCUUUCCGUAUGAUUAUAAGCAGGCCUAUCUCAUUUUUCCUUAAUAAAUACUUCUUUUAAUCCGAAAAAAAAGUUUUCUAUUAAAAAAUAUAUGUUUUGUAGAUACCCAUACAAAUGGAUUAUGCAUCAAUUAGUUUCCUUGAAUCCAGUGACAAUGACAUGGGCUGGGAUAAUAGACAAAGCAUUUUUUCUUAUGUUGAUACUAACGAUAAACUAUCGAUCAAUGAAUCCGAAGUAAUUGAUGACCAUUAUAAAACCUGUAUGGAAGCCACUAUUGAAUCUUUUUCACAAAGGAAUAUUGGAGAAAACAUGGAAGCGUUUAAGGAACAAAUAAAAACUGCACUAGAUGUAAAAGAACCAAAUAUAAUUAUAAACUCAGAACAGCUACUUUUUGUCAAUUUUUUAGUUUCAUUCACUAGUGAUUUUGCUUCUUAUUCUUGUGAAACAAAAGAAUUGGUAUUUCCUGAUACAUAUGUUAAUAAUAAAAGUAAUCUUUCAUUUGAAGUCUUGAAUGGUGGUCUAGUUCCUUUAAAUCUGGAAUGGACAUUAGCAUGUGUUAAUACGUUAUCGAAAAAUAAUACGAACCGUUGGGGAGAAUGAAGUUACUUUGAAAAAUUGUCAAGAUAACCCUGCUGAGCAAGGAUUGCGUGUAAAGCCUUUUGUUAAACAGCACUACGAUCAACCCUUUCAAAUCAUUCCUCAAAAGACUGAGAUUCAGCCUUCUACUUCCACAGUAUUUCAAAUAAUUUUUACUCCAGCAGUAGCUUCACAAUAUUAUUAUAAACUUAAAUCCAAAAUUAGCUCCUUGUAUCCAGAUCUAAAAGAUAUGGAAUUAUCUAUUACGGGCCAAAGUUUGUUACCUGACUAUUACUUUGAAUUAGAAGAUAGCGAUCAUGGAAGACAUGAAGCUGCUGGUAAGUGUUCGAAGAUAAACGAGAAUAUGAAGGUUAUUGAGAUUCAUGCUACUGGAAUAGGUGAAACCAAAUCAAAAUCAUUUAUACUUGUGAAUACCAGUGGAGAUAGCCUUAGUUAUAAAUUGGAACCGAUUAGAGAUAUAAACACAUUAUCUUACUUCCAUUGUCCAACAAGUUGUGGAAUUAUUGAAAACGAAAAAAAGUGCCAACUUUCAUUUUGUUUUACUCCUCAACAAAUUGGUACUUUUGAAGAAGAAUAUCUGUUUAAUGUUAAAGAAAAAGAAUCAGAAACUUAUUUUUUGGUUGUUGGAAACUGCACCAAUCCUAAAGUUUACUUUAACACUGCUCAUCUUUGUCUGAAGCCCACAUUAUUGUCAGUUCCAUGUGAUGAUAAAGUAUAUCUAAGAAACGACGAGGAAGAUGAAUUAUGGUAUAAAAUUGUUAAAAGUAGUUUGGUGUCUCAAGAUUGCCUUCAAAAGCUUAAGAUUUUUCCUACAAGUGGAUCAAUAAUUCCUAAUACUGACCUAGAAAUGCAGAUUACUUACAAUGCCGAACUGGUUGGUGACGCAACAUUUUACAUUCAAUGCGAAGUCCAGAAAAUGACAAAACCUCUAACGCUCACUGUAUCUGCCAAAUGCCAACAAAUUGAAUGUGUAGUACACUAUCUUAAUAAAGCUGGAGAAGAAAUAUUGUUGGAUCCUAAUAAUGAAAAUAUUAUUGAUUUAGGAAAGAUUGGCAUAAAAACCAAGAGUAUUCUCCUAUUUUCCAUAGUAAACGAUGGCAUCACAGGUUUCUUUUACAACUGGAUUAUAAAAAAUAAUAACACUGAAUGUUUAGUCGCCGUUACUGCCAAAACAGAUAAGGAAUUUGUUGCCAGCGGUACAACAGUUACGACGGAAUUGUUGAUAAAGACUGGUAAAAAAUAUAACCUCAGCAAUUUUCCAAUAAAGUUAGUGAUUCCAUAUGGUCCAACUUAUAACAUAAAACUUAGUUUAUCGGCAGAAUUCGCCGUUUGCUCUUUUUCUUUUACGAAUUAUGAUUUUGGUAAUUGCGUUAUCCAGCAAGGAGUUAGACAAUAUUACGAAGUGCAGCUAGAAAUUAAAAAUCGUGAACCACAACCAGUAAAAUUAGAAAAUCUUUUCCCAGAAAACGAAAAUCUAACAGUAGACUUUAAACAAAUCAAAAUCGCUGCUAAUUGCGUAAAGAAAAUUCCAAUAUACUUUCACCCAAGGUCAGAAGGUUCACACGAAUUUAAAGUGCCAAUUAGUUUAAACUGUAUGCGAAAAGUGGUUAAGAUUACCGGCUAUGGGGUGGAAGUAAACAUGAAACUAUUAAAACCACAAGAUUCGUUUAUAGAUAUGGGAAAAACAAAACUAGGAGAUACUAGCACAUAUAGCAUGUUCGUUAUCAACAAAACACCAUGUCAAGUUGAGGCCAAGAUUAUAUUAUCGGAUGAAGAUUUACCACCAAUCGAUAUCGGUCCAGUUGAAUCUAUGAAACCCGAAAUUGUAGUACCUGAUGUACCACCAGCCACAGAGAGAGAGACAAGGAAAAAAGGAACGACUUCUACCCUUUCUGUAAAAGACAAAAGUAAAAAAGACAUCAACAAAAAAGGAAACAAAUAUACUAAAAAAGAUGACAGGGCUCCAAAUGAUAACUUAGCUGUAAUUCCCAAACCUAUACCUUCGAAUGAAUGUGAAAAUUUCCAUAUUUAUCCUUCAAAACCAGUCAAGAUAGAUUCUAAUAAAAAGUACGAAUUUAUUGUAGAAUUUAAACCAGUUGACCGAAAAGAAAAUUAUUCAACCAAGAUAUACUACAAAAUAUUUGAUUAUAUUGGACUAUUAAGUUCAAUAAAGGGAAGAUGUGUAGUACCCGAAUUUUCAUUGGAUCAAAACCUACUAACGUUUUGCAACGUUUUGGUUGGACAUGAAAGAACGAACACUUUAUUGUUAAGAAAUACUGGAGACUUUGGAAUUAAGUUUAGAUGGACUCAUGAAGAAUUGACACAUUUUAAACUCAUUCCUACAGAAGGCUAUUUGGCGGCGAAUAGUAAACUGCAAAUUAUGUUUACUUUUAAAUGUGACAGCGUGGGUCAGAUAAUUAGAAAGUGUAAGUGUUUAGUAGACAAUAAACACAUUCUGGAACUUUCGUUAGUAGCUAAUACAAUAGAUCUACCUGAACCAACAGACACAAUUCAGUUUUAUUGUCCAGUUCGAGAAAAAUGUACCCAAUAUGUUUCACUCACAAACACGAAUAGGCUACAUUGGCGUAUAAAGCCUACAGUUUCAAACAGCAUUUUUACAGUGCCUGCAGAAAUAUUGCUUGAACCAAAUUCAACAGCAUCGAUCCCAGUUGAUUAUUAUCCCAAACGAAUGACAACUUUGGACAGCAAUGAUACAGGUCUUCUUAUAUUACCCCUAGAUGACAAAGAAAUCAUUUAUUCCUUAGUUGGAACAGCCGUAGCACCUUUGCCGGAGAAAAAAAUAUGGAUUGAGAUCAGAGCCAAGUAUAAUCAUUCCCAAAUAUUGCAAAUAAGAAAUUGGACGAACUCCAAAAUCUGUUGCCAAGUGGAAACGGUUUUAAAAAGCAUCCCAACACUAAAAACUUUGUACAAAGUGUCUGGGUUAGAAACUGUUGAACUUAGACCUAAUGAAGUUAAGGGUUAUGAAUGGAAUGUUUAUAUUAUUAACGAAGAAGUUUUAGAUUUCAAUGUUAUUUUUAAAGAUCAAGAUACUGAAGAAUAUUUAUUUUAUGACAUAACCGUCAAAGUUCUGCCGCCAGUACAGAAACCUACCAAAGAACUGGAAACAUGCGUUCGACAUGCCAUCAAAACCAAUAUUAAACUAGAAAAUCCCAUAAAUAUACCAGUCGUCUUUAAUUUAAAUGGAGGAUCAGCAGAGUUGCAUUAUGAGAGAUUCUUUAAUAUGCAACCUUAUACAAAGGUUGAUUUAGAAGUUUUAUACCUUCCAACGAAACCUGGUGUCAGUACGCCCAUUAUAGAAGCGAAUUGUAAUGAAUUGGGCUCAAUUAGUUAUCCCUUUAAACUUAUAGCAAGGCCACCACCAAAAGAAAAACCCGUAAAAUUUGUUGCGGAACUUGGCUUUGGGUGUUUUGAGAAGGCUGUGAUUCAAAAUACGUUUUCAACUUCCUUAGAAUUAAAUGCAACGUUUGCACAUGCUGAAUUUUCAAUGGAACGAACCACUACAAUUUUACCAGGAGAAACUGGUACCAUUCGAAUUAAAUUUGAACCGAGCAGUUUGGGUGUAACUGAAAGUGAACUUACUUUAACAUCUUCUGUUUCUGGAGCUUAUAUAUUUCCUUUAUAUGGAAAAUGCACCCUGCCCACUCCAAAAGGACCUUUUAUAAUAAAACGAGGAUCAUCUACACCCAUCAGUUUUUUCAAUCCUUUUACUCAUUCAGAAACUUUUUACUAUGAUAUUGAUAAUAAAAUUUUUCAUGCAAAAUUGGAAUCAGAAGAAGUUAGAGCAAGGCAAUCAACAAAAAUUAUAGUUACUUACCCUAAUAACAAGAGUGAGUUAGAUGUGACUUAUCCCGUUACAGGUAAAUUGACUGUUACUCGUAAGAAUAAAGAAGUCGACAAACAAAAAGAGACUGUCAAGUGGUCUUUUUAUCUCCAAUCUGACAAGUGA